AUAACUUAUAUCUAUCAAUCAGUUAUUAUCCCUUCUUCCUCUGCCGUCGAAAGAAGGGUAAAAAAAAAAAAACCUAGCACCCGAAUCUCAAUCAGUAGAACAAAGUCUGAGAGUUUCGCUCUCAAAUCGCCUCUCUGAUUUUAGCGAUUGAGAAUCUCCAAUUGUUUUUUCUAGAGAUAAAUGGACGCUGAGAAUGAGAAAACCAUCGAGGAGGCCUCGGUCGUUGUUGUGAAUGAGAAAGACCUUGAGGCCGGUAAGGAUGUGGUUGAGUCUGAGGCUGAUGUUGGAGAAACCUCUGCUGGAGAUGACAAGGUUGUAGAAGCUUCCAUGGAUGAUGAGAAACCAGAGGAGGCCUCUGUUCUUGCUUCUGUUGAGGAGGAGGAGAAGAAAACAGAGGGUGAUGAGACCUCUGUUGAAGGCGCAAGUCCUUCCGGAGUUGAAAAUCCAAAGGGGUUGUCGGGAAAGAAGAAAAUUGUUAAGAGAGUGAAGCAGGUUGUGAAAAAGAAAGUUUUGAAAGUAGGAGGCACUUCUGCUUCUUCUGCUGCUGCUGCUGUGGUGGCUUGUGAGGAGAAUGCCACUGUAGAUCCUUCUCUUGGUGAGGAGGGAACAAAGAAGGUUGCAGAUUCUGAAACUUCUCUUGGAGAAGAAGAAGAAGAAGAUGAUAUAGAAUCUACUGAUGAAGAACUCGCAGAGUCUCCUGCAGAUGCUGAUGCUGGCGCUCUGAAGAGCGUUGGGAAGAGAUUACUAAAGGGGAAGAAAGUCCAAGGAGCCGCCCUUAAAACUGCAAUUACAUUGCAGGAAGCUGAUAAAAGAACUCCUCAGAAUGACCAAGAGAAUAACAACUCGUUAGCUGUGAACGAGCAAACCAAUGGCGUUGAGAAACCUAACUCGCUGGAUGUUAAUGCUAGCGAACAAAAGAACGAGGACCAAACUGGCAUGGCUGGUGGGAGGAAACGCAAAAGGAGAAGAGGUGGGAAACAGGUCUCAGGCUCAAACAAGAAACAAAUGAAAGAAGAGGUCGUAGUGGCUUCUGCUGCUGAUGCAAAGCAGAAAAGUAUAGAAGAGGAGGGGAAAAAGAAGCCUGAUGAUGACCUUGAGAAAAAGGAACUGGAUGGUUCUGGGAAUGUGAAGCAUGCUGGUUUGAUCUUCAUGUGCAACGCCAAAACUAGGCCCGAUUGUUUCCGGUUCAGUGUGAUGGGGGUGCAAGAGAAAAGGAAGGAUUACGUGAUGAGUAUCAAGCCAGGGAUUAAGCUUUUUCUUUAUGACUAUGAUCUCAAACUCCUAUACGGAGUUUUUCAAGCUUCCUCUGCGGGUGGGAUGAAACUUGAGCGCAAUGCUUUUGGUGGAUCCUUUCCCGCUCAGGUGCGCUUCAAGGUGGUUAGUGAUUGUAUACCAUUGCCUGAGAGCGAAUUCAAGAAAGCAAUCAAGGAGAAUUACAACAACAGAAACAAGUUCAAAACAGAACUAACUCGUAAACAGGUAUUCAAGCUUACAAAGCUUUUCCGACCAGCUGCUCUCCCUGCACAAUUGACUCACACUCUGCCAGUCCCUGUUCCUCGACCUGCUGAAAGGAAAAGAUCUGACAAUGACCGUUAUGCUGCUGGCGGCAGCAGCAGAACUCAUGGAAGGAGCUCACGCAAUGCUGCUGCACCUCCUCCACGACGCAGAGAAGAGCCGCCCCGCAGAGAAGACCCACCCCGUGAUCUAUAUCUCACUGAAAGCGAGUAUAGAACAUACGGCUUGAGAAGAGCAGAGCCAGCUCAGCAUUAUCCAGUUCCGCCACCUGAGUCUUCUUACCGUCUGGUGGACUCUUACCGUCCAUCUGUGGUGGACCAUGAGCGGCUUUUGAGACAAGCAGAGAUUGAGAGGCAUCAUGAGCGUAGUAGAGAAGUUCUUUUGCCUGAGAGAAGCUACCACCCGUCGUAUGAUCACCUAAGCUCUAGGCGCCUGGCGCCAGAGCCACCUGUGGAGUCUUACAGGAGAGACCCGUAUCACAGAGUCGAGUACCGUAGCCCUGAAAGACUACAUAGGACGUACCUGCCUUCUUCAGGAAGAGAAGACGAUGACUUGUACUCCCGAUAUGUUACACCGGACUCAUUGGCUGAGUACUACCGAUCAUCGUCAUCAUCUCGCAGAUACCCUCCAAGCAUUGCUGAAUCUGAGUUUCCGCCUUCAUCAUUAACGUCCCGGUAUGCGUACUCAGGGUCUUUACCUUAUUCUCACCGCUGAUUUCUACUUUAUAGCUCUUUCCUUUGAAAUGUAUUUGCUGUUUAAUGUAUGUUUGGAUUUGGACAUGCUUUCGUUGGUUCCACCCGAACUUGGAUUGUACUGUGGUUUUAUUUAUUCGUCGUUGUACCAAUUGGCCUCGGGCAGACUUUUUUUUUUAUAUUCUCUUAAAUAAAUGUUUUAUAUAUAUUCUCUUCA